AUGGCGGCAAGAGAUUCCUUUUUAAAUAGUUUCGAGUCAUUAGCUGUUGCAAGCGAGUGGACUCCAAUGGAAGAAGCUCGUCCUAUCAAUGUGCCGAUCUACUCUUCUUCCACUUUCAAGCUUCCAACUGUAGCUCGUGGGGAGGAGCUGUCUACGGGCAAGGUGAGUGAAACCAUGGUUCAUUCGUUCUACGCGAAAAAAAAAUCAUUUUGUUGACAUUAUUGCGGAGUUCCGGUUGCUUUUGGCUUCCUUUUUCGGCUGGAGGUGCAACUGUGACACGUGUUCAUAUGGGGUUGGGGUGGGGAUGGUAAGGUGAAAAAAAACUUGACCCAAAAAUGAGUGGACUAGUGUGAGUAAGGUCGUUAUGGUAGUAAACGGUAAAUGCUUUGUUUAGAGCGGUUUUCACUUGACUGUCGUAAAACCAAAACCAAAGUAAAUACACUAGCCAACCAAAGGACGUAGUAAAACCAAAACCAAAACCAAAACCAAUCCCAAUUCGACAGUCAAGUGAAAACCGCACGAUAGUAAAAGAGCACUUAGUUGAACUACAACAGCUAGUUUACAGGCACACCAGUUAAAUAAUGCAAACAGAUAAUUUAAAAUCAUGGUACCCUUGAAUAAUUUGUUUUAUUCAGAGUGAUGGGUGGCUGUAUUCUCGUUGGAAUAACCCCACAACUGAUGCUGCAAGUCAAACACUCAAUAAUUUAGAAGGGGGAUAUGGAACAUUGCUGUUUUCAUCAGGCAUGGCUGCAGUUUCAACAGCAUUUAUGGCGAUGUUGAAGAGUGGGGAUCAUGUGGUAAGAAUAUACACCCUUAUAGAGCGAUUUUUGUAUGACCAGGGCUCAAAGUUAGGACUAACUGGUCGCAUAUGCGACUGGAUUUUUGGUUGUGCGCCUAAAAAUUCAUGUGUAAUUGCACCUGUGCGCUGUAAAACCCAAAGCACGGUGCGACUGACUUGCUUCCGACUAUACUUACGAACUCGAACUAGAAAGACGGUGUAUGUUUAAUUGGUCUUUUCUCCCAAUGGAUUCUACAAACUGGAAUAAUCUUUUCCGUUUCGAUGUUUUACUCCAUCCCAGACUCUUCUGUUUUGUAAUAAACAUCGCUGACACAGGCAAAUAUAUGCUAUGAACGAAACACGUGCUUUUUGCGCUUAUGGACGAUCAUGUCGAAUGUUCAGUUUUAACGUCCAUCAAAACAAAAACAGUACGGAUUAAGAGUCUUUUUUUCCAGGUAAGAAAGUUUUUUAAGUCGUAUUCCAGUUACAUGUAAGUCAUUACGAAUUUAACAAAUUCAUUAAAGAUUAAUUUUCAUUCUCGUUCGACACACUCAUUGUUGUCAGUUUUGAAUUGUUUUACAAGUGUAAGUUUUCUUUAGUCACAACCGUACUGUCAAAAAGAGAAAUCAAAUUGGCUGUGUUUUAUCAAUCACAGGACUGAAGUAAAAGUAACAAACUGAAGAUGACAAAUAAACGAGGCACUGUUAAGCUUUUUACUUUUUCUUUUGAAAUAGAUGCUCCCAACAUUAUAAGCUGUGCUCCUAAAAUUUUCAGCUGUGCGCCUAAAAUUUCGGCAGUGCACCUAAAAAUUUACAUCUGGUAGCCCAAGUGCUCCCAAACUGAAAUUGAAACUUUGAGGCCUGAUGACCUUGAAAAAUGGUGAAGUAUUUGUUUUAUCAGCCAAUGGAUGAAAAGAUCAAACAUGGACUCUUUGUUUUCCCGCUAAAGAAAACCCUAAUAUCGAGAAGGCAUUGUUCGAUUGGCCAAUCAUGUUGCAGUAUGACACCAAAGUGAAGUAUCAAUUGAUUUCUAGAAAGUUCUUGGGCAUGAAGAUUUUUCACCAGAGUGUUUGCUUAACGAACCAAAAGCCACACGCAUUUGUAUCCGUUAGAAAAACCAAUCAAAUCACUCUAUUUCUGUUAGUUUUUUGCUUCUGUUUUGUUCGGGCGUUUUCAUUUCAAGGUCAUAUGAAAAUCGCUCUAUCCUAACGAGAAUCUGAGACAAAUUUUAUCAUCAUGACAGGUCUUUUCGACUAGCCUGCCAACAAGCUCUCUGAGAUGCUCUGGCUGUGAGUGGGGGAGUCCUGGAGAGUGGGUGUGGUGCAAUUCACUGUUAUCUUCUAAGGGGUACUGAUUCCAAAAUGGCACUAUCAAUUUUGGACAUUUUCACAUUUUCAGCUCAAUAAUCUAAAUUUAAGGUUUCAAAGUAACUUCAAUGGUGGUGGCCAUUUAAGAUUUUAAAAUCCUACAUGGUAUCAAAUGGCAAAUUUUAACCCCUAAAAGGCAAAAUGACACUCUUGCUAUUUUUAUUGGAAAGUCCCCUGGACUUUUUUGUCCCCCCCCCCCCCCCCCCCCCCCCCCCCCCCCCCCCCCCCAACCCCCACCCCCCACACCCCCACCCCCCCCCCCCCAACACAACACACGCCGGGCUGACAAUUGAGAGAACAAAAAAAAAAUAAAAAAUAUUUAUUAUUAAUAUUUUUUAUAAUUUAUAUAAUAUAAAUCAAAAAUAAUUUUAAAGGAACUUCAAGGUGGGUGGCGAUUUAAUAUUUUAAAAUCCUACAUGUGAUCAAAUGGCAAAAUUUAACCCCCAAAAGGGAAAAUGACCCUCUUUCUUUUUUUAUUUGAAAGUCCCCCGGACUUUUUUUUCCCCCCCCCCCCCUCAAGCUCUUUGGACACUCAAUCAGAAGGCAUGUCCACUAAGCCUCCUCCCAAUUCCAGAAGCAUUGAAGUCAGGGGUCUUAUAAAGGGAAAAUUAAAAAAUAUAUAUAUCUAUUUAUUUAAACCUCUUUUUGUAAAAUCCUGUGAAAUUAAAUAUAACGUACUUUGCAAAAACUCUUCCAAAAAGGUUUUGUUUGAAUUGCAACCUGUAGUCUGUUGUCCUCAGAUAAGACCUGUCUUAAGAGCUGGAAGGGUGAAAAAAGGAGUGUGGUGUGUGGGUGGAAAGCAGUGAACAAUUCCCAUUGACAACGUAUUGAUAUUUUCUCCUUUAAUUUCCUAGGUGAUUCCAAAAGUGGUUUACAGUGGUACACUAUAUGUAGUGAAAACCUUUCUGUUGCGAUUUGGAGUGGAAUUUACCAGUGUUGAUGGCUCAGAUCCUUCUUCUUAUCGGGAUGCUGUCAAACCCAACACUAAGGUUUGUCUUAAGAAUAAAAUUAAUAAUUAUUCAUCGCCUCAUUAAUUACAUCUACUCUCUGGACAGACAGUAAAAACACAACAAAAAAGUGUUAAAGUUACUUUCAAAAACAAAACAACAAAUUUAGGAUAUGAACUACAUGUGUCCUGUUUUUAUAUUAUUGGCUCCUGGUGGAGACAGAACUGUCUUAGAAUGGGUGGUCAUUUGAUUCAGUCACACCAAGGUCUAACUAUUUGCUUUUUAGGGGCAGUUAUUGUAUACCACAGUUUAUAUUUAAGGCCCUUAGUAUGGGUCUGACCAUUAGAAGAAGAAGAAAGGCCUUUAUUUACCAUAAAUUCAUUCAUACUCAUAACCUAUUACAUUAUCACAAGGCAGGAGAUCAAGCAAAGCACGCUCUUAGCUUUUAGACGAUCUCUGCUUUAUAUCAGAUACCAUGAUGAUUAAAUCUGCACCUUCUGCUUCUCAGUUCAUGCUCUACUGACUGAGGUUGUACUGCUACCAUGGAAACAUACUGAUUGAUCAUUAUCAUCAUCAUCAUCACCGUAAAAAUUGUAACAGGCAUUGUAAGCUCCAGGCCAAAACAAUGGGAUUUUUUUUUCAGUUGCCAUUCUAAUAUUCAGGGAUCUUGAACUCUUGUGUACGUAAGGCAUCCUUAUGCUGAAAUAGUGAUCGGCACUAUCAGCUGAUACUUGGUCGAAAUGUUAGCUGACAUAUCAACUAAUUCUUCAUUGAUAUAUUGGCCAAUUAUUGGUCGAUUUUACCAUCGGCUUUAAUUGGCCGAGUGUCAGUCAACGUGUUGACUGACAGAUAGUCAACAUGUGGGUGGGUCUAGCUUUUCUAGAUCUGUGUUUAAUUUUGGGGGAUGAUCAAAGAAGAAACCCAUUGAACUAAUGCUCUGAACUGAUGUUGAUGCAGACUCUGCCUGCUUAUUGUCUGUGAAUGUAAUGUGAAAUAAAUCAUGAACUAUGCUUGAAACAGAUCAAUAUGGAUGUGUGACUUGCAGCUAUAUUAACAUCCUAAGCAGCUGAAAAAGAAAACUGAAAAAAUUCCAGACUUGACCGGGAUUCAAACCCUGGCCUUUGUGAUGACUGUUCACCUAGUGCAGUUUUCCAAGAGAUCUUCAGCUGUUUGAUCGCUGAACUUGAAAGACCAUGAUGGAGAUUCAGAUAUCUUUCAAGCAUACAGAGAUACAGCAAUCUGCUGCGCUUUAUGGAGAAUUCCCACUACUUCACAACUAAGGUAUCUCAUGUUCUGAUUUUCAAGUUUCUUUAAAAAAAGUACCCUCAAGAUUUUUAAAGUGUCUUUGUAUUUAUAAACAAAGUGCUUCUUGAGAACAUUCUUUUUUUUGCAGGACAAGGGCAGCACCUUCAUUUCUCAGUUAUAUUAUGAUAAAUUUGAUGUAUCUGAUAUGACUGAUAUUUCCUAUGGCCCCGGGGAUCAAACCCUCAAACUCUUGCUCUACAGAUUUGAGUGCUCUGCUGACUGAUUUAAGCCUCCUGUGUGAUUAGACAAGGGAGUACUUCAGGAACAAAACUCUAGAUUUUCCUCACAAUGCGGCAAAGCAAAACAAACAGUAUGCUUUAUUCAGUCAGAAAUUGAAAGUUAGAAGCUUCUGGCAGCUUCUUUGUUUGGAAAAUUGUCGCUCUUGGUAUGUUCAGUAAACUAGAAAAAUAUAAAAUGGGUGACCGCAUCAACACCCGUCAAUAUCCAUCUCUAACUAAGUCGUCAACAUUCAGCAGUCUUACCAAAUUAAUCAAAUCACAAAGUGGUCUCAUGGAUUGGUGUCAUCAAAUUAAAAAAUACUGUAUGCACAUGCUGUCAAGACCUUGCUUUUGCCAGACUGAGUGUCUCACCCUCUGCUUCUGAGAAUGUCUAAAUAAGUGUUUUAACUAGGAAGAAGAAAAUUUGGAGUUUCACCAAGUGUUAGAUAUUGCCGUUUUAAUUGAGUAACAUGUUAAAGUUGUUGUUGAAAACCUAUUCUUCAUUUUUGAAUGUCAGCUCAACGAGUCGCGCUUUUGGCCUGUAAAUGUCUUUAAAAAGUUGUUUUCGUGUUGGAAAGUGCCUAUAUUUUUUCGUGGGGCUUUGUUUGGGAACGCGAGGAAACUAAGUAGAUGUUAGCAAAUUUCGGGUUAAAAAUAAGGAAGUUUUGAGACUCCCACCACGAAAAGCGAUAUUUUUUAUUUACUUGAGAGUGAAAGGCUUUUGGCGGGAACAAUUUACAUCAGGUUCCUUAUACUCUCUUUUUCAACUCUUCGGACGAAAUCAACAUUAGAGCCGAUUUUUCCUGACCGUCGCUCAUUCUCUAAUUUUUUUUUCUGUAACGUUAUGAUGAUUAUCCCAAUCACGCUGUCUCCUCUACUGUCCUAUUCUGCGAGCAGUGGUUCCGUGGCCGGACGCUACGUUACAAAGGGAGAGAAACUACUGCUUCGUGGCGUAGCGUCCGGCCUGGAGAAACACGCACUGCUCGCGGGGUACUACUGUUCAGACCUCUGCUAAACAAAUCAUGUGAAUAUAAGAUAUUUCUAUUUUUACGUUUAACUCAUCCUUAUUCAAACCGUGUUUUCGUUGCUCUCGCUUUUUGUCAGUUUGUGCUGAGAAAAAAGAAAGGCUGCUGACAGUGUUAAAACUCAUGGCGAUUUUUGUGAUUCCUGCUUUGAUCUCAUCAACUUGAUGCAAUUGGAACCCGGGGGAGUAAUCAACAAAGGUUUAUAUGGAAGCGUCCGCCAUGAGGGCCAACCCCUCAGUAUAUACUAUAAUUAAUAGAAAAGGUACCCCUUUCGUUUGCCUUGAUAAAUGGUACUCCUUUUACAUAACUAGUUUAGGACCCUCCAUCCCUUUUAACUGCUCUAAAUGCACUGUCGUUCAAAUGUGUCGAAUAAAUCCCUAAACCAGGCAGUUUUCUUGCCUUUUCCCAGCCAAAAAAUGUGUCUGCUAACCUCUUUUGGUCCUGUCACAAACUGCAAUGACAUAUUUUACUACCCUUUCAUAUACUUCAACUAGUGAAAUCCCUACACUUUCAAACACCAGAAACCUGACUAAGGUACCCCUUUCGGGCGGAGCCUCCUUAUAUUAGCCUGCGCCACAGACGAAACUAAACUCUGGUUAAGUCCAUCUGUAAAACAGCGGCGUAAUCCUUGUUCUGGGCCCUCACAUGUGUACCGGGAUUUGAGUAGGCGCCAUGAUUGGCCUCUUAAAAAUGCUAUUGUCGAUUUGCCAAUCAGAAUUAAAGGAAAUUCGAACACACUUCCGGUAAUUCGUUGAGUCCGUGAGCGGCCAAGAACAACGAUCUUGGCGAUGCUUCGCAGGCGUUACUAACCGAACUUAACUUCCGUCUAUGACACAGGCUACCUUGUGUACACUAUCAUAAGGAGUACCCCCCGGGAGCUGAAAUUACCGGUAAAAAAGGAUUUAGGCUUAGCAGGAAUAUUAUGGAUUAUUUUGUCAGGUUAUCUUUUGUGAAACACCUUGUAAUCCAACCAUGACCUUGGUAGAUCUUGAGGAGAUUGCUAAGCUUGGCAAAGAAAAUGGUGCCAUCACCAUGGUCGACAGCACAUUUGCUUCUUCUUUUAACCAGAAGCCCAUCCAACAGGGAAUCAAUAUUGUUAUUCACAGCUGGUGAGUUAAUUUUGAAAAAAACAUCAUAUGUUGUUCACAACCGUUAAAAAUAUAUUAUAAUUUAUAUUAGAAGAAUAGAUACCAUAUUGGUUUGCUAUUAUUCUCAGCAAACACGAAGUAAGCAUAACCUUAGAAAACAAGAGGUAAAUGUACAAGAGAAAAUGUUUUUCGGCGAAGCAUGUCACGUCCACGUGAAAUUAGACGGCGUGGUCACGGAAACAACAGUCAAAAAUAACCUUCGUAGCAUGCGCGCGAACUUAAAAUAGAUUACAAUUAAGCGUCACGGGGCACAGGGAUUCACUCUCUUGGCUCAUUCUCUCUUGAACUUUAAUAGUGAAUGGGCUGGGACACUUGUUUCUCCUUGCGAGACUAAAUACAUGUAAAAGAAAAAUUUUGUAUUAAUAAUUAUUUUCUUUUCUCCUCUGCUUGCCAUGGCAUCUUCUUUCAGGAGGCAAUUUUCCCCACCCUUCAAGAAAGAGAAAAAAAAAUCACACAUAAUCAAUAGAGGCAAGGGUCACCAUGCUCGUGUCCUAUUGAGAUCAACCGUUUUCGGUUUGUCGGGAUUUUUCGUGUUCUACGUGGCACUGCUCAGAUCUGGGAAGUGCCUCUGAUCGGUCGUGCAGCGGGAAAAAUUUGCGUCAACCAGUCAGAAGCACUAUCUUAGAUCUGGGUAGUCACACGUCGUCAGUAUUGAGAUUCUGCGCCUGUUCCUCAGACGUCAUUUCGCGGGGAAACCAGUAGUGGCUUCAUGAAAUGUCCGCUGUUUACUCAGGCCAAGAAUAUAAUGCUGAGGUUUUUCCGUAAUAACUGACCAGGCACGUAUUGAUCGUUUGUCUUCUUGUACAGCACGAAGUAUCUUGGUGGACAUAGUGACAUAACAGCGGGGUCUCUCACAUUGUCAUCACAGGAGCUGUAUAAAGAAUGUUAUGAGCUGCGCAAGUUUCUUGGAGGAUAUAUGGUAAACACACAAUCUACUUCUUGAAUAUUUUAAGCUGCCAUGUAGUACUAACAAUUUCAAGGCUGUUUAGCUGUUUAGUGAAUGAGCGAAGCAUCCUGUAUUUUGGUGGAGCACUCGUAUUGGAAAUCUUAAGGUUUGGCUUGAUUGUCAAGUAUUUGUUGAAAUAGCCAGCAAACAAAUGCGUUGAGAAAAUAAUAUUAAAGCUCAGCUAUGUUUAUACGGAAAAGCGUAGCAACUAUAGGUACUCACAUCAUAAGAAAGUUGAGUAUGAUCUUCCUGGUGAACGUAGUCCUGUGACUGACGUUUCAACAACCUGUGCGGUAGUCAUCUUCAGUUGUAUCACGUCAGUUGAUGGUAUUAAACUCUGGUUAUUGACCUGAUCAGUCAAUUACGUCGCGCUGUUAUGUCAGUUGUGCCGUGAUGUUAUUGGCUGUGAAGACUCGCAAUGUCAUUGGUGCGUUUUGAUCUGACUAUUGUCACAGUUAAGUAGUCGUUUAUUGUUGGUUAAAUUGUCACUUGUCCAGUCGUUCUGUCGUAGUAAGUUUUGCUUGAUUCCGUUAAUAAGUCGUUUAUACGAUGCCGGUGUACAGUUUUAUCUCUCACAUGUUCGUGUCGGUGUUGACUCCCCUCGACUCUUAAUCUCUAUUUGGCACUUAAGACGAGCUAAAGUGCAAAGAUUGCCCUUGAGUCAAUGUUGUAAUACAUCAGUUUAGUAAAAAGCUGCGUUAUCCUUUUAAGAAAACGUGUUGCUAUGCCCUCUCUCCUAAGUAACUCUCAUGCGCAGCAUUUUCUGUGGUGAGGAGGGAGGUGGUAAGGGAUGUGUAUUUUCAUUUGCUCGCGACUGUUUGUUCAACAUGUGUAAAAUAGUAACGCAAUUGCAAAAACUUCCGUCCAUGAUUGUGGACUAGACCCAAAACUAUGGCAUAUUAACGGUAUUUAAGGUCGAGAGUGUUCUUACUGAUAAAGGUGAAAUGUUAUAUAAUCGUUUUUAGAAGGACAAGACGUAAAGCUUGAACCUAACAACGUGUUCUUUGUUUUGUUUUCUUUUUUUCAUAUGUACUGUCGCUAAAAUACCAUUGAAGUGUCCAAUUAACAUGUUUUACUUUUGUUUAGUCACCAUUCGAAGCUUUCCUUCUUCAUCGUGGGCUGAAAACUCUUCAUGUUCGUAUGGAAAGACAUAAUCAAAAUGCCAUGGAAAUCGCCAAGUUCUUGGAAGGUCAUCCAAAGGUAUUCUAAGUGUCGUUUAGUUGAUUAUCACUAUGCAUAUUACGAUUACCAGUGCAGGUCAUUUACAUGAAAUCCAGACUAGGCAUAUAUUAAAAAGGAAUUGUAAGACAUGGUGUCGGUUUGCUGUGCUGGGACCCGUUUCUCGAAAGUCCCGAUAACUUUUUGGAACCGAAAAGCCGUUUAGUGUUUGCAGUGUUUGCAUUCAAGAUCAAAGUUUCAAUAAUUCUGAAAAUGAUACAAUGAAAUUACAGCGGUUAAUUAACGAAGCAAAAUUGACCUGUUUAUGACCUAUGAACUGUGCUACUAUUCAACAGGUUUUGAUUUAAAGAUUUGCCUUCGGGCCCGAAAAGUUAUCGAGACUUUCGAGAAACGGGCCCGUGGAGACCAUUAGCAGCACCGUCAUUGUCAAUCGUGAUGCGUUUUCGAACCUCAUUCAUGCUUGGUCGAUUUCGAUACUUAACAUUAGUAGUGUUUGUUCUGUCACUUCUAAUCCACCGUACCUAAAAAGAUGGCGACUGGUACAUUUACCCACAGUCUUAGCGCAUGAAAACCAUAAAAUUGCUCAUAAAAACGCACAGAAAAGUUUUAUAAACUUCAAACCUAGGAUAGGCAAUGUUACUAUUAUACAGGGGCAAAUUUCGCCCCCCCCCCAAAAAAAAAUGACUCUAUUUGUAAUUGGCCGUGUUAGGUUCGAAAGGAAUUGUGGUAAAAUGUACAGCCGCCAUCUUUUUCCGUACGGCGGAUUGGCUCAUGUCAUUGCCAGCUACUCUUCUGAUCAGACAUCAGUGCAGUGUCUGAAUAUUUAAAGAACCUGAACUCAGAUAUAUAUCUGCUCUAUCCCUGGGGCAAGUUUUGUAACAAUUUUAUUACUUGAAGUUGUAAGGGUAGAAAUGAAAGACUGACAGAUAAAGUUCAUUCCAAUGUAUUACAACGUGCUCGCAUCGUUUGUAAGAAUGAAAAAAUUAAAUCCCUAACGUGCCUAUGUAACAAAACACUUAACUUUAGAGUCAAUUUAUUUAGCUCGAAACUACUAAUUGGGGACACUAUUUUUUACGUCUCCUGUUAGAGAAGGGACCGAAAUUUUACUUGAUCAUCCUAGCCACGCGAAGGUCUGGCCAUUCGUAGAGUAUUGGUUCGACCCCGGGAAUAAAUCCCAUAUAAUCUCCCACACUGAAGUCAAGCGCUUUACCGACUGAGAUAAUCCUGCCGCUGUAACCCUACUUUUUUCUCUAUUUUCUGUCAUGAUUUCUUUUCGGUCCUGUUCAGGUUGAAAAAGUUUUCUACCCUGGAUUGCCUUCCCAUCCUCACCAUCACAUUGCAAAAAAACAGAUGAUGGGAUACAGUGGAAUGUUGUCGUUUGAAGUGAAAGGCGGAAAGCAGGCAUCUUGUCAACUGGUUGAGGUACGCAUCAUCACGCUACAACAUUAAAAGAUAUUUUGGCGAUUGUUUGCAGCAGCCAGUUGUAUUUUGAUUAACUAGAGCGAUUUUCGUAUGACCUUGAAAACGGAAACAACAAACGAACGGAAAUGGAGUGAUUUGAUUGGUUUGUCGAACGCGCGCUUCUUUUGGUUGGUUAAGCAAACGCUCAGGUGAAAAAACGUCAUGCCCGAGAACUUUCUAGAAAUUAAUUGAUACUUCGCUCUGACGUCAUACUGCAACACGAUUGGCUAAUCGAACAAUGCCUUCUCCAUUUUAGGGUUUUCUUUGGCGGGAAAACGAAGAGUCCAUGUUUUGAUCUUUUCAUCCAUUGGCUGAUAAAACGAACACUUACCGAACAAGUUUUUAAGGUCAUACGAAAAUCGCUCUAUCAAUCCCAGGACAGUUUGAAUAUGGUUGCCUUCUUGAGUUAUGGUCCCGUGGUUGACAGGCGAUGAGAUAGUUAUAGUUGCCUGCGAGCGAACUCUAGGUAAGCAGGGGUGGGGAGAGAAGGGAAAGAGAGCUGUUGUAAAAAAAAACCCAUCCCUUCCCUACCUGUUGUUUUCCCUGAGAACAUUUACUAUUGUAAACUUUUUUCCAUUUUAAAUUACUUUUAAAGGAAGAAAUGUUUUGACAGUUUUGGUUUUUAUUUCAGAAUCUGAAAAUGAUCCAGCUCGCUGUGUCUUUAGGUGGAGUUCAAAGUUUGAUCGAGAUAGCUGGCUCUAUGACUCACCCCGAAAAGUACAUAUCAGCAUCCGAAAGGAAGGAAGGAGGCCUGUCAGAAUCACUUGUAAGAUUCAGGUACGCCUUGAUUGUUGUUCUUGUAACUUUAUGGUAAGACCGUGUAUCGAAAUGACAUACAGAAAUGAUGUUCUUUUUUUGUGUCGAUUCACACACCCUUGACUUUAUCCCUGGGGCUGUGUUCGUACACUGGUAUCCGAUACUGUAUUACGUACACACUUGCUCGAUUUCGCGCCUGCCCCUAGAUACCAUUUUAAAACAAGAGUCUAAGAGGGAGAUUUUAGGGGUAUGCAAAUCAAGCAAAGUACUGAUGAUGAAGUGCUUCCUUGCACAGGAACUGGAGACGGUUCCCGAGUACAAGGUCUCGUCUCUCCCGAUUUCCAGGGGAAGGAUGUGUUCACAUUGGCAAUGUCCAGCAAUAAUCGCCCUUGGGUACAAGUGUGAUUAUAACCCUUAGUAUAACGGCUACUGUUGAAUUAGGCUUAACUGUUGUGCCAAGCAAAAAUCGCACUCGGGCACCAAGUGUGAGUGAUAAAUACGAAGUGUUUUUACCAUUCAUCGUUCCUCACUUCAACUACUGCCCAGAGAUAUGGCAUUUCUGUAACAAAAGUGCCACCGCAAAGCUAGAGAAAGUUAAUGAGCGUGCCCUUCGUUUUGUCUUUAAUGAAAAACAAACGCCGUACUCUGAGCUACGAAAUACAACAGGUUUACCAUCACUUGUGAAUCAACGCCUCGCUAAAAUAGUAUGGACUGUUUUCAAUGUCAUUAACAACGAACAUAUUACAUGGGCCAAACAGCAUUAAAGAUCUGAUCGAACAUAGAAACAAUAAAUACGACCGCAGGGGAAAUGGUAUUUUGAAGCGGCCAAUGAUCAACUCUUCGACUUACCGCCUGAAAUCCUCACUAGUCAUUCUUUUGUUUUCUCCCCUGUAGUGUCGGUUUAGAGAAUGUUGAAGACCUCAAGAAAGAUCUUGAGCAGGCCUUCGAAAAAGUGUAA